GCUUUUCAACGGUUGGAUUUACCCUGCGUUCCUCCGCGGCGGCCAGAGGGUUCUAGGUCACUUUGUCGGUGUGUAGGGAUGGUCGAGGUGUUCGCAGGUCACACGCUGGUGAAUAAAGACGGGGAGGAGGUGGACCCGGAGGAGGCCUUGAAGAAUAAAGUUGUGGGUAUCUAUUUUUCGGGGGGCUGGUGUCCUCCGUGUCGGGAUUUCACCCCGCUCCUGUGUGAAUUCUACACCGAGCUGGUACAGGAGAGCGAGCCGGCGGCGCAGUUCGAGAUCGUCUUCGUGUCUUCGGACAAGAGCGAAAAUGAUAUGGUGAACUACAUGGGAGCGAUGCAUGGAGACUGGCUGGCACUACCCUGGCAUGAUGCCUACAAACUAGAUUUGAAGAAGAAAUACUGCAUUACAGCAAUUCCAAAACUGGUGAUUGUAAAACAGAAUGGGGAUGUCAUCACGGACAAAGGUCGUAAGCAGAUACGAGAUCAAGGCAUGGCAUGCUUCAGGAACUGGAUCGAGGUGGCAGAAAUUUUCCAGAACUUUACAGUUGAUUGAGAGCUGCCAUGAAAUAUACCGUAGCAAAUACCUGUGACAUUUGAAUGUAAAUUUUAUAGUUGAAGCAUAGGUCUGCAACAAAAAGGACAUUAUAGCUUUCCAUGUACAGUCUUAUUUUAAAUAAAGUUCUCUAACCAAACAUGGCAAACUAUGCAACUAUAAACAAACAAUUUGUGGUCUUUUGAAAUGUUUUUUCUCAGAUUUAAACAUUGUAGAAAUGAGCAAAUAUUUAUACUGCAUAAAUAUGGUAAAACCAUUUUUAUUAAAGACAUUUUAAUCUUAA